AUGUCAGAAGUAUUAGGUAUUCUUGAUCGCCUCCAAACGUCUAUAUCGGUUGCUUCGGUGGCCUUCUCGCCCGACGGCCGCCUACUAGCGUCCGGCUCUAAUGAUCAGACAACCCUCGAAGGCCAUUCUAAUUUAGUUACUUCGGUGGCCUUCUCGCCCGAUAGCCGCCUACUAGCGUCCGGCUCUGACGAUCAGAUAACCCUCGAAGGCCAUUCCGGUCUAGUUACUUCGGUGGCCUUCUUACCCAACGGCCGCCUACUGGCGUCCGGCUCUAGUUGCUUCGGUGGCCUUCUCGCCCGACGGCUACCUACUGGCGUCCGGCUCUAUGCGGCUCUAGGACCCAGCGAUAGGCGCGCUUACCUAGACCCUCGAAGGCCAUUCCGGUCCGGUUCGAUCGGUGGCCUUCUCGCCCGACAGCCACCUACUAGCUGCGGCUCUAGGACCCGGCGAUGGGCGCGCUCACUUAGACCCUCGAAGGCUAUUCCGGUCCGGUUAGAUCGGUGGCCUUCUCGCCCGACGGCCACCUACUAUGCGGCUCUAGGACCUAGCGAUAGGCGCGCUCACCUAGACCCUCGAAGGCUAUUCUGGUCCGGUUUAAUCGGUGGCCUUCUCGCCCGACGGCCGCCUGCUAGCGUCCGGCUCUAUGCGGCUCUAGGACCCGGCGACGGGCGCGCUCACUUAGACCCUCGAAGGUCAUUCCGAUUAGGUUACUUCGGUGGCCUUCUCGCCCGACAGCCGCCUACUAGCUGUAGCUCUAGGACCCGGCGACGGGCGCGCUCACCUAGACCCUCGAAGGCUAUUCCGGUCCGGUUCGAUCGGUGGCCUUCUCGCCCGACAGCCACCUACUGGCGUCCGGCUCUAGUGAUCGGACAGUGCGGCUCUAGGACCCGGCGACGGACCUUCGAAGUUAAAGGGGUAGUCACUACACUUAAAUUUUCCUAUAGUGGUUUAUAUCUCUAUACCAACUUCGGCGCCCUUUAUAUCCAAUCUAGGUAUAGUAUUCCUAUAUCUAAUCCACGUUAUAUAACUCUAGAUAUCUCUAUUAAGCACCGCUAA